AUGGCCAGCUUCCAGGCAGCUCGCAACGUCUCUGAGAGCCGCCGCGAAAGGGAGACUUUCAGAUAUGACCCCUCCCUUAUCGCCCAGGCCGUCCACAACGAUGUCAACAACAUCAUCCCGCCCUCGGAGCUGCGAUCCUCCCCCGACGCAGCUCUGACUGCUUUUGCCGAGCUAGGUGUCCUACGUCUGAAUGCCACCCGCGCCUUGAUAUCUCUAUUCGACAGCAAGUAUCAAUACAUUGUCGCCGAAGCGACCCCAGCGUUGGCCCUGACCCCCAAUGCCACGCAAGACGCCUCUGUUGAGGAGCAGCUCUUUCUGUGCGGCACCGCCGUUCCCCGGUCCGCGGGCAUAUGCGAAAUCGCCCUCGCCGUCCCUCCAUCGCCAGGGACAGAAGAUGUUCCAAAGGAAGGGGAGUUGCCGGUGACGGUGAUUUCGGACAUGGCGGCGGAUCCCAGAGCGGCCCAGAGGCCGUUUUGCCGUCAUGCGCCGCAGAACCGUUUCUACGCCGGGGUGCCUAUCCGCACGCAGAGAGGAAUCAACAUUGGCGUCUUUUGUGUCUUUGACAAUACGCCUCGCGAGUCACUUGACGAUGUGUCGGCGCGCGUCCUGCGGGACCUUUCCCACAUCGUCAUGGAUUACCUGGACACAAAGAGCAACAAGGACAAUCUUCGUCGCUCGGACAGAAUGGUUCGCGGCGUGGGCAGCUUUGUCGAGGGCAAGACCACAAUGUCCGGCUGGAGGAUGAAUCCAACGGCAGACUCGUUCAAGGAUAAUCCGUCUCUCGAGGGCGUUCUGAACCAGAACCAACAACAGCUACAGCAGAAAGAGGAGGAAGAACUUGCGCUGGAAGAGGCUGCAGGGGCCGACGCUGCUUCACCACCGAUACGCCCGCAGGCUUCGCCGCUACCCAGAAGGCAAUCUUCGCCAGUACAAUCGGCCAUCCCAAAUGAGCCAAUUGCCGCCCCUUCGGUUUCCGAGAUGUCUGUGAAGACUGUGACCUCCGGGGCAAGCGGCGAAAACAUCCACCGCGUCCACAUUCAGCACGUCUUUUCCAAGGCAGCAAACGUGAUUCGCGAAGCCAUCGAAGUCGAGAGCGUGCUUUUCUUGGACGCCAGCAUAGGUUCAUUUGGGGGCCUGGCCGCCGCUUCCGCCAGGCGCAGGUCUACGGAGUCAAACAAGUCAACGUCGUCUUCUAGCGACGAGAAAGGGAGCCCGAGGAGUAUUGCGGGCAGCGACGUUGGGUCGGAAGACACGCAAUGUCGGGUCCUCGGAUUUUCUACCUCGUCAGCCUCGAGCAUUGACGGCAGGCUUCCGUCCCAAAGCCACGCGUCCAUGUCGGAAAGGUUCCUCAACAAAUUGCUGAGGAGAUACCCUGAGGGAAAAAUAUUCAACUUUGACGAAACCGGCUCCAUCCAAUCGAGCGAUUUCUCAGGCGACGAUGUGAAGAUGAUACCGACCCCUGCCAAGGAGAUGAGUGAAGCUGUGCUGGUGCCUGCACACGGAGAAGAAAACACUCAAAAACCCCGUCGACGGGUCCGCAACCCGUUCUCACGCAAGAACGAGGGCAACAUGCUCAGUUCAAUAUUUUCUGGGGCUCGAAGCAUAGCUGUCGUUCCUCUAUGGGACGUACAUAAGCAGCGCUGGUUCGCCGGCGGGUUCGCUUGCACGAAGACCGCGACGCGCGUCCUAACCAUUGAGGGCGAACUCAGCUACCUUCGUGCUUUCAGCGCGGUCGUCAUGUCCGAGGUUGACCGUAUCAACACCAGACUAGUCAACAAGGCCAAGACGGACCUAUUGAGCUCCCUCUCCCACGAACUACGAUCACCGCUACACGGUAUCAUCCUAGGCACGGAACUGCUCCGCGAUACUCCCCUCGAUGCUUUCCAGGGCGAGACGCUAGUUUCGGUGGAAAACUGCGGCCGUACCCUCCUCGAGACGAUCGACCAUCUUCUGGACUGGAGUAAGAUUAACAACUUCAUUGGUUCCCAAUCAAAACGCCGGCGCAGCAGCAUUGGCGACCGUGGCCUGAGAGGUCGGGAUGAGAAGGCAAACAUUGAGGCGGGCAUGAUGAGCAUUUCCUCCAACGUGGAGAUCGAUGUCCUCGCCGAGGAGGUUGUGGACAGCGUCUGCGCCGGCUUCAGCUAUCAACGCAUGUCCGUCGCCCAACUUGCAAACAGCCGCGCCGCUGACAACAUCGAACCUAACGCCAUGUCGAGACUUGACAGCAUGCAGGCGAUGGAGGACAUGGCUUCGAGCGGCGGCAGGCAUGGAAACGUGCAAUUGGUCCUUGGGGACGUAUCCGUUAACUUCGACAUCAGCCCGGCCGUCUCGUGGACUUUCCACACCCAGCCCGGCGCGAUACGGCGUAUCAUCAUGAACCUGCUGGGCAACUCACUCAAGUACACGAGCACCGGCUUUGUCAACGUGAAUGUACUCCAGAGCUCUGUAAAGGGCAACAAGGCCGCAAAAGGGUCUCACGUCGAGAUCAUCAUUACCGAUUCGGGGAAGGGCAUUUCGGAAGACUACCUUCAGAACCAUCUAUUUACACCUUUUGCCCAAGAGGAUAGCCUAUCCGCGGGUACAGGUCUGGGGCUGAGCUUAGUGCACCAGAUUGUCGUUAACCUGGGGGGCAGCAUUGACGUAUGGAGUAAGGUCAACCGUGGCACCCGAGUCACCGUUCGACUUCCCCUGCACGGCGCCAUUUCCUCUGGCGCAACGUCUAGUCCCUUCAAGUUUGCGGGCUUCAAUGAAUUUCAGGCUCAUGUGGCCGAGCUGAGAGGCCUUCGGGUCCGAUUCUUGGGCUUUCCAACUGACUACGGAAUCGGAACCCUUGAAGGUCUGCCCGGAACCGUCGCCAGCGAAAGUGACCUGCUCAAGCACCUCUGCAGUGAAUGGUUGCGCAUGUACCCCAUCGACGAAAAGUCAGCCGAACUGCUGUUGCCCGAUCUCAUGCUCUCCACAGACCGUCACCUGGACCAGCUUUUGUACGAUCGACGCCACGGCACCAUCAACAUUCCGAUCGUGGUCAUUUGCCGAAAUGCCCUAGCAGCACGCCAACUCUCCCUCUCGCCGAGGUUUACAAACAAAAACGGUGUCUUCGAGUUUAUCUCACAACCUAUCGGCCCGAGAAAACUAGCAAAGGUCCUGCUGUUGAGCUUCAGGCGGUGGACGAAGGUACAAGCCGGCGCAAUCCCCACACCCACAGCCAUGUCCCUGGUCACCGAUCAACCCACUCCAGACGUCGGUGACCAGGGGCCGACAGGGUUCGGCUUGGGCAAGUUCGCCCGCAGCCCCGGAGCAAGCAGCACCGAGGCGUUUGUGGACGCGGGCACUCCAAACGACGUCUUCUCCCCCGACUCGCAGAUCAGCGAGCCGCAAUUCCCUCCGAUAGAGGAGCAGCUGGCACAAGAACCGCCCUCAGCGACGGAGGUCGGAAAUCCCAUCGACGCCAUCGCCUUGCCCGACCGGUCCAAGGACGUCCGUCCGUCGACCCCGCACCCGGCGCCUGCUGCUACUGCUGCCGCCACCCCGGGCUCCGGCGGCUCGGCAACGCCGACGACGUCCAAACCAGGCAAGCCGCGGUUCAUCAUCGUCGACGACAACCCGCUGAACCUCAGGAUCCUAGCCUCGUACGUGAAGAAGCUGGGCCACAAAUUCGACAGCGCGACGGACGGCAGGCAGGCCGUCGAGUCCUUCCGGAAGAACGCCGGCGGCGUCAUCUGCAUCCUCAUGGACAUAUCUAUGCCCGUCAUGGACGGCUUCGAGGCGACGCGGCGCAUCCGCGCGCACGAGAAGGCGGAGGGCCUGCCCAGGUGCAACGUCUUCGCGCUUACGGGGCUGGCGUCCGCGGGCGCGCAGCAGGAGGCGUUCGCGAGCGGGAUCGACUUGUUUUUGACGAAGCCUGUGAGGCUGAAGGAGUUGAGUAAGAUAUUGGAGACGAGGGGUAUUUCAUGA